AGCAGGCAAGAAUUUUAUCCUGGAAAGAAAUAGUUCUCUUUUGAGGUCUAAAACCCAAAUCAUUUGUUUUAAAGCUAAGCAGCAUGAUAUUCGUAUAUUUAUAGUUUAGCACAACAGAAACAGGAAAUUAUUAACUUUAUCACAGGCUUGGCUUGCUUUUAAUUAAUCUAAAUGAAUUAUGGCAAGUUGUUAUUAUUGGAGAUUUAAAUUUAAUUUUCCAUAAAUUCACGAGGCAGCUUGUUCCUAAACCUUCCUUACCUAGACGCACCUUUGUCAGCUGGCUCAAAUGAACUCUUACAGCCUCUUUGAAAUAGAAAUCAUUGAUUUAUUUUUUUCAAAUUUUUGCUGAGCAGAAAACUCAUGUUCAAAUGACCAGCGACCUGCUGCAUUAGAUCAAGUUGCACAGUUCCCAAUAGCUUCCAUACCCAUCUUCUCUUCAACCCAAAAUAUGAAACUAAAAAUAGGAAAAUUGUAAGAGUUUUUCUUUGAAAAAUGUCAGUAGGAAACAAAACAAAAAUGAAGAACGGUAUGUUCUGAGACAUCAGUUCAUCAUGUCUUCAAGGCUAAUGUUUCUGCUUUAGAUUUUUGUAUUUCACAUUGUUAACAUUUUUCAUGUUUAGUUUUUUAACUUUUUUUUUUUAAAUAAAGAAACUUUGGCACAUCCAAAGCAUACACUAAAAAACACCCUAAAUCAUAUUUUCUGAACAGCUGUCCCCAGACUGAUUCUAGUAGCACCCAUGAGCAGCAGGGGUGUGUGUUUGCAUUUAUAUAUAUGUACUUUUGAUUGAACAACGGAUUAUUUCUCUUGGAAUUGCUCAGCAAACAUAAGCCAAGGCUGAAGCCUGCACUGGCAAGGAGGUUUAUAGAGCAGAAUACCAGGGCAGUUCUCAUGAACUGCAGCAAGACCACACAAGAAGAAAAACGAAGUAAGACUUAGGGAUCUUCUGGGGAAGAAAAGCUAAUGAACCGGCGUUUGCUCCUCCGGCUGGGGUCGAAGGCAAUAAUGAAGGGGAGUUCUUCUUUAAAAACAGCUCUUGAACUGAGCAACUGUCCUGGCUGAAGUUAGUAGGAAAAAGCUUUGAGACAAGAUCUGUGAAUAUGACGUUUAUGAGCAAAGAGCUGUAGUGAAGUCCUGGGACUCAUGAAUCCCCACUGACCCUCCUCAUGGGCAUGAUCAUCCUGUUAUCUCUGGUGAAACCUACUGGCAUGAAUUUUUCUUGGAAGAAGGACUGUCCCCGUAUGAACUGACUGUUGUUCCCACCACUUGGGCUUCUCCCUGGGCUCUAAAAAUAAUAACUGAGCGUCUGCCUGUAUUCCCAUGCAACAAAAGCAAAAUCUUUCAUGCUUAAGGAAUGCUAACAGAGGAAGGAAGGAAGGAAGGAAGGAAGGAAGAAAGAAAGAAAGAAAGAAAGAAAGAAAGAAAGAAAGAAAGAAAGAAAGAAAGAAAGAGAAGGAAAAUACUGCAUCAGUCCUCAAGGGUGUACAGGAUCUGCAAACGAGAUGAGAAAGCCAAGGGGUGCCAUGGUGCCGAGGUGCUGUGAUGCUGCUGUGGAGUGGUGGCCACCCAACCCUCGCUGGCAGGGAGACACCCGGCCUAAGGAAGCGGGGCGGGGGGGCCGAUAGGUGCAGACCCCAGCUGGCCUCAGGUGUGGGAGGCAGAGCCUUGUGCUCCCAUCUGUGUCACUCAUCCAAAUAGACAAUAGCUCUUUCCCCAGGAAGAUGAGAGAAUGAGAGACAUUUUCAAGCAGCUCCAACAAGCUUAGCUUUGGUCUUGUGAAGUUGAACGUGCCCUUGCUAUUUUCGACUCAGGCAAGCGAACAAGGAAUGAAGAUCAGGUUGGUAGGCUCUGAGGGGUGGAGAGGUUUCCCAAAAAGCAGAGAUGGGGACAGCGUGGGGCUGUUGUAGCUGUUUGUAUUCCAGCAACUGGCUUCCUUCCUCUGCCCAGGGACAGGACCUGCCACCCGGCCCUGACCGUCCCAGGAACCGGGCUGCUGGGAAUGAGCCAGGCUGUGAUCCAGAGAAGUGCCUGGAUGUUCCCUCUUGGGAAAGCACGGUUUCAAAGCAGGACAUCCAGUUGUGUGCACCGCCACUAAAUAACAGUACCGCAUACGAAGAACGACCUCUGCAGGGAGCUGCGCUGAGCCUUGGCAGCAAAGCAAAAAUCCAGCUGUUGCUCUUCUUUGCAGUAGCGUCCAGAUGCAGAGCUGACCCUCCUUCCUUUCCAGGCAGGAAGGGGAGAACGGCCUGGAAAAUACUCCAGCCCUCAGGCAACUCUUCAUUGCUCAUAGGCAAACAUGCUCUUUACCUCGCUGCUAUCUUAAGCAAAUAUUUCCCCAAGAAUGUUGUCGGCUCUCUAGUCUGUUGCCAUUAAUUGAUUUCCGUUAAAUCAGAGGGCUGCUUGUGUUCCAGAUAAAACGUUGUCUGCAGAUUAGCCCCUCAAACCUCUGUUGUCGCUAAUGAAAUAUAACGUGGACCAGCUCAGCGCCUCUUCCAGCUGGUACAAUUUGUGCAGGCCACAUGGUUCUUGCAAUAAAAGGCAGAGGAAAACAGUGCAGGGUGUUUCUUGCUGGUUAAUUAGUGUCUCCGAGCAAAUUCAGAAGUGCAGAGUUCCAGCUGGUGACGGAGAAAUGGGAGAAGACAGAUGUCAGCAGUUCGACCAUACUCCACAGCACUGAAAGGCCGUAUCUUGACUGCUGAUUCGAGAUGAAUAUCACGUCGCUACUCUCUGCGCUCGCAGCUAUGUUAGUUAGUGCCAGUUGUAUGGGUGCAGGCUCCCGGCAUUUAUGGUUCCCAUGAAAAAGGCAUGUUAGAUGGAAAAUGAAGGCCCAGGGUAGCAGCCUCUGUAAUCAGUGCAGCCUUUGCACAGAUCAGGAGAGCGCGCUUCAAACCCAAGCUCCCUGCUUGGGUGAAAAGGGCACAUUGCAGGAUUUGCGUGUGCCCUUCUGCUCCGCUCGCCGGGCUGCCAUGGAUCUUUCUCUGUUUCCAUGACUCGCCGGCCCCUCCUCUGGCUCCAAGCAUUUGGAGCCGAGCUCUUUGGCCAAACAGUCCCUGCUGAAAUGUCAAUACGCCACCGGGACGCUGGCUCGCGGGGUUCAUCAUGGUUUCCAGGCAGUGCGUGGCUUUGUUCCUCUGCUUUCUGCUACUGAUUCCUCUUUCUCUGGACGCAGUCUUUCUAAAGCAGGAGGAGGCAAGCAGCGUUUUGCAAAGGAAAAGACGAGCCAACAGCUUCUUCGAAGAGAUAAAGCUGGGGUCACUAGAGCGAGAAUGCAUGGAGGAAAAGUGUUCCUUUGAGGAAGCACGAGAGAUUUACCGCGAUGAUGAAAGGACAAAAGAGUUCUGGCACAUCUAUUCCGACCCGAACCAGUGUGACUCCAACCCCUGUCAGAACGGCGGGAGUUGUGAUGACCAGUUUCAGGAUUACGUUUGCCGCUGCCCUGCCGAAUAUGAGGGCAAAAGCUGUGAAAAAGCGAUGGCCGACAAACUGAAGUGCAUUUACGACAACGGUGGCUGUGAACAGUACUGUACUGACGAGCUGUCUGAAAAACGAGUGUGCUUCUGUGCGGACGAUUACGCUUUAGCGAGUGAUGGCGUGUCCUGCAUUCCCCAAGUGAAAUACCCAUGUGGAAGAAUACCAGUGCUGGCCAAAAAAAAUACAACUGCACAGGGGAGAAUAGUAGGUGGUUUAAUCUGUCCUCCAGGUGAAUGUCCAUGGCAAGCCCUUAUAAUACAGGAUCAGAAAGAGAAGUGCGGCGGGACCCUGCUUUCCCCAGAGUGGGUGGUCACUGCAGCUCACUGUUUGGACUACACUCAUCCUAAACAGCUUCUGGUGAGACUGGGUGAACACACAAUAAAUUAUGAUGAGAAAACUGAGCAAGAAAGUAGAGUUGCCAGGAUAAUCGUUCAUGAAGGAUACACAAAUGGACAAGUCAAUAACGAUAUUGCCCUCCUGAGCCUGGAAACACCUGUGAAUCUCACCGAUUACGUGGUGCCAAUAUGUUUGCCUGAAAAACGGUUUGCGGUGUAUGAAUUGUCCUCCAUCAAGUUCUCCACAGUGAGCGGAUGGGGACGCCUACUAGAUGGAGGUGCCACCUCUUCUGUUCUGAUGAGAGUUGAUUUGCCACGUGUGAAGACACAAGAAUGUGAAAAGGAGACCGAUUUAAAUAUUACAGAGAAUAUGUUCUGUGCGGGAGACCUGACUGGCGUUAAAGACUCCUGUAAGGGAGACAGUGGUGGACCUCACGCUACAAAGUACAAGAACACUUGGUUUCUGACUGGGAUUGUCAGUUGGGGAAAGGGCUGUGCUGUUAAAGGUAGCUAUGGGGUUUACACAAGGGUAUCCAAAUACAUCGACUGGUUGAAGAAGCACAUGGAUUAAUGGUGUUGAACCAGAGCAUUUCCAGAUUGUGGUGUUGCCCCUCAAUCCCUCUGUGCCAUUUCCCUAUUGAAGCAUUCCUUCAUUAUCUUAGAUAUGCGAUAGAUGUGAUACCCACACCACUAUUAAUGAUUUAAAAUGAGCCUAAUGCCUACUUGAAUAUAUAAAAUAACUUCCCUAUCA